AUGGGGACACUUAGCAGUCAACAGGAGACUGUGUUUUCUCUCAAGGAGCAAACAGACAUGCGUAAGACCGGUGUCUAUAAUGUCAUGCAGAAUGAUACCAGGGCCAGCACGGGCAGGCUCCGCAGCCACACUGCCUUAGUACCUAAGCGGCUGCCACUUGCCAGCCCUCUCUUUAAGCUUGGCAGCCAUUCUGGAGUUAGCACAGUACCUGAAGACCUGAAAGAUCCAGAGGUGUUCCAGACCCAGAAAUCAUUGUUGGAAGCUGUAUUUGGCCCACACAGAUACUGAAUCCCUUUCAUUGAGCAAAUUUGCAAGGCCAGACUCAACAAGGUUCUAGAAUCUUCAGACAUCACUGAGAUCAUGAUUUAUAGCUCCUAUUUAGAUAUGCUCUAGACCAAGUGGACUCAGUCUGUGGCUGAGUAGCACUGUCAGAGCAGAAGCAAAGGGUGCCUGGGCUUGAAGAAUGUGUGA